AAAAAAAUGUGAAAUCUAAUGAACUUGAUUGUCAUAUGCUAUGGUUUAAAUGGAUUGCAACAUGGUUUAGUAGAAGAAGAUUUGCUCGUAUUUAAUGGUCCUUUUUUUUAUUCUGUUAAAGUGGUAAUAUUAUAUGUUGUAUGAAUAAAUCUCUCAUUUGAUCCCCAAAUAUGUAUCAUUCAUUCACACUGAAUUUAUGUAAUAAUCCUUCUAGAAAUGAAUUGAAUGUUUUGAAAAAAUUUCAAGGACCAAAUGGGGCAUUACUCCAAAAUUUUUGGAGCUUCUCUUAUUGGAAAAUUGUUUUUGAAUGUCUUUCACACAUUAUUCUUCUCUUAUUGCUUUGGUAAUUGAUUAGCUUUUUGUUUGAAAAUUAUUUUCGUUUUGUAACUCUUUUUUUAUAGAUGAACGUGCUUAAAAGGUUACUAAAGUUAUAUUAGGAAAUCUAUUAUUCAGUCUGUAUGAUGCUAAGUAAAAGAAUGCAUAUUACUUUGAUUAGACCAGCAAUCUGCCUAAGCGAUAGUCAUUAAAAGUUGGAAAGCCAAUCAAGCUACGUAGUUUGGAAUGAGCUGAUCUUGUUUUAUCCAAUUGAAAAAUGGAAGAAAAUUUGUUAGUGUGGAAUGAAACAUUUUUAAGAAAUUAAUAUGAUUUAUAGUUGGAUUAUUUUAUUGGAAAAUUAUAAUAUUGAAAUUUCUUGUUUUUCAAAAUUGUAAAAUAGGUAUUGAUUUGCUUUUGAAAUCCUAGUGAUUUUAGGUUUUAUAAAUCCUCCAUCCAAUUUGGUUGAUUUGGGUGAAUAUGUUUUUAUUUUAGUUUUAAUUGUUGGAUAUACCAAUUCAUGUGCACGUUUUGAGGUUGGUGAAUAGAAGAACAGCUACAUAAAAAAGGUGACUUAGGUCAUGACGCUACCACCAAUUGAGGCUUGGGGGGUUUGAUGUACUUAGCCCUUGCCCUACUAGUGGAUAGGCUAGUUGGAGGGUUUGAACCCAUGACUGAUCGCAAGGCAGCAACCUUACCAUUAUGCCAAGGCUUGCUUGUGAGCUUGAUGAGAUUGUGGCUGAACUUGAAGAGAGUAGAAGAAAACUAGUCAAUCUGGAAAUGCAAAAGGACACGUCAGUGGGGAUGAAUUCUCCCAAUGCAGAUGCAGUGAAUGGAAAUCUGUCUCCUGAAAACAUUGCGGACAGGACCAUGGGUUUGCGUGAGUUGAAGGAUUCAAUUGAAGAAGCAAAGAUUGUGGAUGCUGAUCGUAUCUCCGAGCUCCAAGAGGCACAGGAAGACAAUCAGACCUUGACAAAGCAAUUCCAAGAUCUUCAGAAUGAACUGAAAGAUGAUAAGUACAUACGCAGUUCACGAAUAUACUCUUUAGCUAAUGAUCAACUUCAACAUUGGACAUCUGAAUUGGCCCGGUAUAAAACAUUGGUAGAAUCUCUGCAGGCUGGCAGUGUUCAUAUUGCAAAAUGGGAGAAUGAACUAAAUUUGAAAUUGGAGUCUGCUGAUUCUGCAAGGCAGCUCCUUGACAAUUCUGAUCAUAGGAUUGAUGACCUAGAGCACCAGUUGCAGAAGUGUAUUAUUGAAAAGAAUGAUCUUGAAAUUAAAAUGGAAGAAGCUAAACAGGAUGCUGGGAGAAAAGAUAUCAAAUCUGAGUUUCGUGUCAUGGCUUCAGCUUUAUCUAAAGAAAUGGGAAUGAUGGAAGCUCAAUUAAAGCGAUGGAAAGAUGCAGCUCACGAGGCUGUAUCAUUACGGGAGAAAGCACAUUCACUAAGAGAAGUAUUGAACGUGAAGACAAGUGAACUAAAGAGCCUUGCAAACAAAUGUGCUGAACAGGUUUUGGAAAUCAGGUCUUUAAAAAUGCUGACUGAAAAGUUACAGAAAGAGAAUCAGGAGUUAGAAUUUGUUUUGGAUAUGUAUGGCCAGGAGAAUUAUGAUAAAAGUUAUUCAGAAGUUAGAGAAUCUGAAAGUAAGGCUCACUCUCAAGCUGAAAUACUAAAAAAUGCUUUGGAUGAGCAUAGCCUAGAGUUGAGAGUAAAAGCUGCCAAUGAAGCUGAAGCUGCUUGUGAACAAAGGCUUUCUGCAGCUGAAGCUGAAAUAGAGGACUUGAGGGCCAAGCUGGAUGCGUCUGAGAGGGGUAUUUUGGAGCUAACUGAGGCUAUUAAAGUUAAAGAAGCUGAGGCAGAGGCAUAUAUAUCUGAAAUUGAGACUAUUGGUCAAGCAUAUGAAGAUAUGCAGACACAGAACCAAAAUCUGUUGGACCAGGUGAUUGAGAGGGAUGACUAUAAUAUUAAGCUUGUAUCAGAUAGCGUGAAGGCAAAACAAGCAUACAACACUCUAUUGACCCAGAAGCAGGCCUUAGCUAAACAACUUCAACAACUGAAUACUUCAAUAGAAAAUUCAAAAGCGAGGAUUGCACAUAGUGAAGAACAGAUGAAAACCAUUCUAUCUGAAGCCAUUAAGUGUAAUCAAGAAGAAAAACACCUUGCAGUCACCCUGGAAUUUGCAAGGUGGGAAUUGGCAGAUGCCGAGAAGGAAUUGAAGCUGCUCAAGUCUUCUGUUUCCUCUUCAGAGAAAGAGUACGAUCAAAUCCAGAAAGACACGGAAGCUAUUGAAAUGGAAUUGGAGAGUGAAAGGAGUUCAAGGAAGAAGCUAGAGGAAGAAUUAAGGGAAUUGAACAGCCAAAUUGCUGAGCUGACUUCUGAAACUGGAGAAACCACAAUACAAAAACUUGAAAAAGAAAUAAGGAUAUGCAAGAACAUGAUCAAGUGUACUGUCUGCACUGAUCGUCCUAAGGAGGUUGUGAUUGUCAAAUGCUAUCAUUUGUUCUGCAAUCCAUGCAUUCAGAGAAAUCUAGAGCUCCGGCACCGCAAAUGUCCUGCAUGUGGAACAGCAUUUGGACAGAGUGAUGUUCGUUUUGUAAAGAUAUGAGACAGAUGUUAAGAUAACUUGUAGAUAGGAGUUGAUUUUAUUGUUUUGGUUCCUUGGUCACUACUGUUUGCCCUUGUUACCUUCAUUAUAUAGGUUCAAACAAGCAUUCCUACCUCGAGCAAUUAAUAUAUGCAUUAGAGAAGUCACUUUUUGUUGAA